GUAAUACUACAUGGUCCUCUGGAUCAAACCGUUCCAAUUAACCAGCAAGCAGAAUUUCAAUGUGAGACAGAUGGUGGUAUCACUAGCUGGGUCUUCAAUGGAAUACCAAGACAAGACCUCCCACAGGAGGUGGAAGAUGAUCUGGAAGUCGUAUCAACUAAUACUGAUAAGGGCACUUCAGUGGAGACUCUGACCUUCCCAGCCAGACCUGAGUACAAUUGUCAUACCGUUCAGUGUGUGGUACUGAAAUCUGGUGUUGACUAUGUCGAGAGUGAGCCUGCAACCUUGACAAUAAUUGAAGGUCUAUCCUCAUCAUCUGUGGUUGAUUCUCAAGCUACAAACGCUGCCAGCUCAAGGACCAUUUCUAUGCCAGCUACUCUUUCCCCAACUCCAAGCAAAAGCAUUCUAACUCCAAGCAAAAUCAUUCUUCAAACUUCGAGUGUAAUGAGUAAAACCUCUAGUGGAAAUGGAGACGUCCACAAAGAGGACAGUAAUGUUAUUGCUGGCUCAAUUCUGGCUGCUGGAGUCCUUGCUGCUGGAGUCCUUGCUGCUGUAGCAAUAGGGACAGGUGCUAUUGUCAUCAUAAAGGUUUUUAGAUCUUGCAAAAGAAGGCAAAAACCUGAGCAAGAAACUGGGGUGGGUUCUGAGGAUCGCUCCUUUACACUGCUUGUUAAAGCUGAGGUCGGCUUUGUGAAUGAUAGCAGUCUGAUGGAGAGUGAUGAGAUGGGACCCAGGACAGGAAAAAGUAGCUCCUCUGCCUCUGAGCAGAGCAAAGCACCAAUGCCCACCUCUCCCCACAACCAGGCUAAUCAAGAUGCUGGGCAAGGUGGCGGUUCAUCUUCCAGUGAUGUUGAAAAUAACCCGGAGGAAAAUUGGACUGGAAAGUCUGCUUCAUGCAAUGUUGGCGGCAGUGAUAAGUGUGUGGUGGUUACAGGAGUGCACCAGCAGAAACCCCACAAUGACAGCAAUGAUGGUGGCCUCAGGGGAGGAAAGGAAUCUAUAUUAGGUGGCUGUCCAGGACAGGAGAAGGCAGCCACAAUGAACUGCCUUACUGGUCAAGCUCCCAGCAACGACAGCCAGGGAAGCAUAAACCCUGAGGGGGGAGAAAAAUGUGAGUGCCAAACUGAUGGUGGGAACGAUGGAUUUGUUUGGACCAAUCCUACGUAUCUAUAUAAUUUCCAAGAAGAGAUGUGCUUCAUCCAUUCUUCUCCUUUGAAUGAAAAAAGCUGGGCACUAGAUAAGUGGAUAAUGGUCAAAACUAAAUUUGGUUACUGCUUACCUUUUGACGUUUUUUUUAUAUAACAGCCGAUAUCACCAUGGUAUCUGGGAGACAAGGCAGUGUGGGUACCAGUGUGCCAGGAACUUUGGGUCUGAGGCCUGAGCCACUGCUGGAGGAGACUAAGAAUGCAUCUUCAUUGUUCCUGGGUCAAAUCCAAAGGCCCCAGAAAGUACCCCAUUCAAAGCCACUUGUCCAGGCCACACAUUUGGUAAGCAAGUGCCGCAGGAGGAAGAAAGGAGGGACGACUCCUGAAAUCUGCCAGGAUCCAUGGCUAGGCAAUUACCGUGUAGAGCUCAUGAAGUCAUUGCACAUUAAUGUGGAUCUCGGAUUUGGAAACUGUAAUGAGAGCUUCUAUGGCAGUUCCUGUCAAUAGCCUUGGCCUGUAUCUCUAGACCAGCCACAGCUGCUAUUGAAACAGCAAUAUACUAUGUAUACUAGGUACAGCAUCUUAUUCCUAAUGUACCAUUCUUAGCAUUAUUACUAUGUACUUUUGUAGUCUCCUAUAUACGGUUUGUGCUAUACACUGUAUUCCAUUCCACACCCUGGUAUAAUGACAU